UAACUUGUACAUCAGUAAGCAGGUUUUAGCAUGGUUGCUAAGUGCAUAAACCGGGGUUAUUGACACUUUUAACCGUAUUUAGUGUGUGUAGAUGCGGUAUUGUGUCGUUAGUAUGAGAGCCCGGAGCUGCUGAGCGGAGGUCGGGAUCAGUUCACCCAGGUGUUGAUGACAUUUCUCUGCGUGGAGCAUCUGCUGGUUCGCACAUCUGCUUUGAGCCCGUGGUGUCGGAGGGGAUGGAUCCUCUGGGUGCCCGCUCCCAGUUCGUGGAUAUCCAGACUCUUCCGACAUGGCAGCAGCAGCUGAUCGAGGACGGUAAAGACAAGACCCGGCUGGACCGGAGCGACAGCCAGCAGGCCUUUCCCUCGCCCUUUCCCUUCAGAGCCGACAUCAACCGCAAGAUCAUCCUCCACACCGGUGAAGUUGCCCUGCUGAACUGCACUGCCAUUGUGAGCACCAGCAAUGAGUCUCUAAACGACAAAAACCCCGUGUCUGAGAACAUCACCCAGCUGGCUGGUCCCGAGCUGAGGGAGGAUCUGCUCAAGCUCAAAGGAUGCCGGACUGGGGAGGCGAAGCUGACCAAAGGUUUCAACCUGGCAGCGCGGUUCAUCAUCCACACGGUGGGACCGAAGUACAAAUCCAAGUACAGGACGGCGGCGGAGAGUUCGCUCUACAGCUGCUACAGGAACAUCCUGCAGCUGGCCGUAGAACAAUCGAUGACAUCUGUCGGCCUGUGUGUGGUGAGCACAACCAAAAGAGGCUAUCCGCUGGAGGACGCCACACACAUCGCUUUAAGGACCGUUCGCCGGUUCCUGGAAUAUCAUGGAAACAGCGUUGAGAUGGUGGUGUUUGCAGUGUCAGACACAGAGGAGCCUGCGUACAAGAAAUUACUUCCUCUGUACUUCCCUCGCUCCAAGAGAGAGGAGAAGGCCAGCCUGCCUCUCAUCCCAGCCGACAUUGGCAACUCCGAGGGUGAACCCGUCGUCCCGGAGAGGCAGAUCCGCAUCGCCGAGAAACCCGGCAGCCUGGAAGAUACCUGUGAAGAAGACAGCCUGGAACUGGACCUGGAUCGUGUGGGGAACCACGCUUUUGCACGGAUGGAGGGUGACGUGGACAAACAGCGGAAGCAGAUCUUACAGGGCCAGAUGUCGGAGGCAGCCAUGCAGAAGCAACACCAGAGAAACUACAGCCGGUGGCUGUGUCGAGCGAGAGCGGAGGACCUGUCGGACAUCGCUGCCCUGAAGGCCUUAUACCAUACUGGUGUGGAUAUCUGUGGCAGGACGGUGAUGGUCUUGGUUGGACGCAACAUCCCCGUGACCCUCAUCGAUGUCGAAAAGGCACUUUUGUAUUUCAUCCAUGUGAUGGAUCACAUCACGGUGAAGGAGUAUGUGGUGGUUUACUUCCACACGCUGACCGGAGAGCACAACCAUCUGGACUCCGACUUCCUCAAAAACCUCUACGACAUCGUCGACACCAAGUUUAAAAAGAAUCUGAAGGCUUUCUACUUUGUGCAUCCAACGUUUCGCUCAAAGGUCUCAACGUGGUUCUUCACCACCUUCAGCGUGUCCGGCCUGAAAGACAAGGUCCGUUACCUGGACAACCUGCAGCAGCUCUUCACCUGCAUCAAGCCCGAGCAGAUCGACAUCCCUCCGUUUGUCCUGGAGUACGAUGCACGAGUGAACGGACCCUACCGUCCCUCGGAGGCCUCCGGUCUGUGACAGGACACCUCUCUGCUAAGCCAAUGAAGAGAAUUAAGCCUUUAAUGGACUCCUAAAGCAUCUGAAGCGCAGUGGGGAAGCCCGGCUUUUGUUGUGUUUCUGCCAAAAACAAAUGGUGCGAGUCGCAGCCCGAGGUUAACGCGGUGCAGCCCAGUCAGCACUUGUCCCUCAUCACGGACUAUUUGUGAGUUUGGUAUAAUUUCUGGGUUAUGCCUUACAUGGAGGUUCUUGCAUAUAAAGAGUAUUCACACCGUGUGAUUCUCAGAGCCUUCCCAUCAUGUUUUGAUAUCACACAUCCAUGCUCAUAACGCUGGUGGGACUGCAGUGAAGUAAACACGUCCUUGUGCAGUUUCACACCGUUUCAUAACACACUGGAGAGCAGAAAUGACCAACAAUGGAUUCAGUUCAGGCAGAAGUUAAAAGGUCCAGCCCAGUACACUGCAAUAACAACCUUUAUGCUCUUAUGUAACUGCUCACGAUAAACACAAGGGAGAUUAAAUACAACCCCUCGACUCAACCAAUAUCACUUAAGUCAGAUCGCUUCCCAAGAUGAUUGACAUCAUCGCUUUCUUCUUUAUGUCUAAAUAUGAAGGUAAACCCCAGAGAUGGUUAACUCUAAUGGAUGUUUGAGACUUUUGAAAGAUGGUGUUGGUAGAUUUUGAUUCUGUUUAGCAGAAGCAGGCGAGCUGCAGUUUCUCAAAGUGUGAGAGGUUUUGCUUCAUGCUUUUACUGAAUAUUACAAAAAAUAGCAACUAAAUGUCUCGUACAAUAAAGACUGUUAAUCAGGAUUUUUUUUUUUUUACAUUUCUUGAAACUUUAUAGACCUCAGAACUUUUAAUCGGGAUUAUCAAAGUGGAUUUGAGCCCAUUGUGUUGAAAAAUACAUAUAAGUGAUUAAAAAAAAUGGUUUACGAUAUUAAGGGGUCGGGUGUCGAUGUGAGAAAAUAAUAAAAAAAAAUUAAAGUUGUAAAAUUCACAGGCAUAAAAAACGUACUCUGAACCACAAAAGAUAAAAUAGAAUGACCAGGAGGCUCGUAUGUCCUGCUGUGUCAUAAAGGACCAAACUGGAUGUUUAUGAAGAUUCUGGACUAAAAUUAAUAUAUUCCUGGAGGCUAAAUCUCUUUGUAAAAUAAAUUAUAUUUGUAUUAGGCUGAUGUGUUGCAGGAAUAGUGAUCAGUUUCAUGUAACAUCUUAAUAUCCCAGCUUUGUUUACUGUAAAGUUAUUUCUUUAUCUUAGUUACACCUCUCAUAAACACUUAAAUUUAUUUAAAGCAACUCCUGGAAGGACAGUUCCCUGUUUUUUUUUUGCUGUCCAGUCAUGAUUAUUAACAUGUUUUGCCCGACAUCUCUGCUUGUUAUUUCCCACCAUGUGCCAGACUGAGCUGGCCUUACCUUAAAUCCUCGCUGUGAUUUAAUCUCCGAUCAUUUUGAGGAAGACUCCACCCUCCCGGUACCCCAAAAGUUGCACUACCACAAUAAAAGCAGUUGAUGGAUGUGUGAGUAACGCCUGUCACCGUGGGCGGAUUUCCCCCGCAUGUGAGCCUUCGCCGCGUCAUGUCUGCUUCGUUAAACAAAAGGAAUCUGCUGGUUUUCAUUCAGCUCACUGGAGCUCCUCCAGCCUCUCAGGGUGCAUGUCCCGUCUAAAAAAAGGCCCCACUGAUGUGAGAAUCCCUGAAUCUGACGCAGGCCCUCACUCGACACUACUACACGGACCAGAAGCUGGGUCUUCCUUGGAGAGGAGGAACUGCUGUAUCAUUGUUUAAAACACUUGGAUUGUUUUGCUUAAGUUUUUAAUCAUUAAACAAUCCCCCUGUGAAGAGAAAAUGAGCAGUGUAGUGGAAGUAAAUGAUUGUGUAACGCCUUUAAAUCAGUUUUCUGAGGUGCAGUGGGAUGGAGAUUACUUUUAAAUAGACCUUCAGUGAAACGGAGCAAAACAAAACUCACCUCCUCUUGACAAGAUGCCAGAGGCCAUGUUACAGAAAUAAGGAUUUAAAGGCUGUUAAAAAUGUGAUUCACACACUGCUUCUAAAAAUGUUAGGAAGUGCUUCAGGUUACUAAAGCGUGAAGGGAUGAAGCCGAGCUUUAUUGAUCUUAAUUCAACUGUGUUGAGCUGAGAUUGUUUAUGAAGGAGCCAGAUGUGGGUUUCAGGAAAAUCUGCCUUGUUUUUUUUUUCUUUUGGUUCCGUUUGUUCCACAAUGCUCGAGAUUUGAAGAAAGUGACUUCAUUACUGUUUGGUUUCAUUUUUUUUUUGUUUUUUUACACUGAAUAAAAUGCUUUUUCUCUGUAAAAUAGUUUUUUAGUGUUCUUACUUGGACAUGUAUUGCUAAAACUAAUCAUUUAGGGAAGAGUUCUCUUGUGAUCAUUCAAGAUCUUAUAUGUUUAUGAAAAACAAGGGAAUAUAAGAAUUGACUUCUGUAAGAAACUAAACGGCUUCAUAUAUCACUUGCAGAAGAGUGCCGCUGCCUGCUCUCAACAAGUUCAACUCUAUUUUUGUACAAUGGGAAGUGGAAAGGUAGAACAUGAAAAAACACUGUUGAGCACUCUGAGCCUGUGAUUAGGAUUAGUGAUAAAUUCAAGUUAAAUAGGAAAAAAUAAAGCUGCAAGCAGCAUUGGUCAGGCCCUCACUGCCUAUGGCCCCCCAGGUGCCAUCGCAUUCUUGGUCACCAUUCACCAUGAACAUAGGAAAUAACAAAAUUCAGAGGUUCUGGUAUAAAUCACCAAACAUUUACACACACCAGUGCGAUGACAUGGAUUUUAUACCAUUUGCUUUCAUUCAGUGUGCCUAAUUUUGGCAUGUCCCUGAGGACAUAAUGUGAGAAAAACAAUUUUCCUUUCAUCAAAAGGUUGUGCUAUGGAGUCUUAAUUUGAGCCAGACAUUAAAUAAGUUAUUUUUAUUAAUUCAAAUGAAUAGUUUCUGUUUGAAAAUGAAAACCAGUGGUCACUUUAAUCUGCUUAAUUAUAGCUCCACUCCCAUCAGCCUCUGUACCAUAAACAGUCUCUUUUUAUAAAGAAAGGGAAAGAUGAUUUAAUAAAAUCAAGAAUCAGAUGUGGAGUUUAAAAAACACAUUUAAAACUGAGAGGUAGCCUGCUCCCUAAACCAUCACAAACAUAGUUGUUUGAUGCUGUUCCCUCAUCCAUACAUCACUUAUACUACCUUUAUUCAUUGAGACUGAUUAUUAGUUCCAGUGAAGCAGCGUAUCAUUCAGCCAGCAGUUUGGCUCACUGGUGGGGUUUAAUAGUUUCAGGGCAAUGAUUGAGCUCUGUGGUUUAGAAGAAUAUGCUUUAUAAACAAAAACAAUUUACCAGGUAUGGAUACACUGCAUGUAUUUUGGUACAGUACACUGAAAAAAAUCAAUCUAAGCGCAUGUAAAUAUAACAUAUUUAAAUCUGUGAUAUUAACAAUAAAA